UCGACGCUUGACGCUGCCAUGUAAAGGCACCUUUAACUGCUAAAGUUUUUCUAUAUGCUCGGGCCCUAAUAACAAAUAUCAAAAGAAAAGAGUAUUUGUCGCUUUAUAGAUAAUUAAAGAUCUAUCAAACAAUUUCGAGCAACAUGUGUACGUCAGCAAAAAUAAGGAAAUUAGAUGAAAUCGUGGUAAAUAAAAUCGCAGCCGGAGAGAUCAUCCAAAGGCCAGCAAACGCUUUAAAAGAAUUAAUAGAGAAUAGUUUAGAUGCCAAAGCAACAAAUAUACAAAUUACUACGAAGGAAGGAGGUUUAAAACUAUUACAGAUACAAGAUAAUGGUACAGGUAUUCGAAAGGAAGACAUGGAUAUUGUAUGCGAAAGAUUCACAACAAGCAAAUUACAAAAAUUCGAAGAUCUCAGUACACUUACAACAUUUGGAUUUCGAGGAGAAGCUCUGGCUAGUAUCAGUCAUAUAGCUCUUCUUACUAUCACGACAAAAACAGCAGAUGAAAAAUGUGCCUACAAAGCAUCAUAUAUUAAUAGCAAGUUAAAAGCACCUCCAGCACCUUGUGCUGGAAAUCAAGGCACUAUAAUAACAAUAGAGAAUCUGUUUUAUAAUGUGGCAACUCGAAGAAAAGCUUUGUCAAAUCCAUCAGAAGAAUUUAAUAAGAUUACAGAAAUAGUCAUGAAAUAUGCUGUGCAUAAUCCAACAGUAGGAUUUACAUUAAAAAAACAUAGCGACUCAAGUGCACAGGUUCGAACACCACAUAAUUCAACAAAACAGAGUAACAUAAGAAUAUUGUACGGCAAUCCAGUUGCUCGUGAACUAUUAGAGGUUGAGCUGCACGAUGAUGCUUAUAAGUUUAAUAUGCAAAGUUUAGUGACAAAUCCUAAUUACACAAAUAAACGAAUGAUGAUGCUCCUAUUUAUCAACAAUCGAUUGGUUGAUUCUUCUUCCAUUCGUAAGAUGUUAGAGGAAAUAUAUUCCAUGUAUCUGCCGAAAAAAGCCUAUCCAUGGUGUUAUAUAUCUUUGGAUAUCAAUCCGCAAAAUAUUGAUGUUAAUGUACAUCCAACAAAACACGAAGUUAGGUUUCUUCACGAAGAUGCAAUAAUCGAAAGAAUGAAAUUUGCUUUAGAUGAAAGAUUGACUGGUAACAGUGCAUCUAGAACAUUUUAUCUGCAAGCUAGAUUACCAAAAGCAGACAUUACCAAAGCAGUCCUAGAAGAAGUUUUGCCGGAAUAUAACAAAGAAAAUCCAGAUAAAUCGAAAAAAGUCCAUGCUAGAGAAAUGAUUAGAACAGAUUCGUCCAAUCAAAAAUUGGAUAAAUUUAAUUUCAUCGUACAUACUCCUGUCAAAUAUGAUAGCAAUACUCUCAUAGAAAAAUCGAUUCAUAAUGCAGAACCUGAAUCUCUCAAUAUUGAAAUUCUUUUAGAGAAGAAUAUAUCUCAUAUUACUAUGGAAAAUCCAUCUGUUGACAAUAAAUGUCAAGAGAAAGAUUCGAAUUUAAAUAUUACAGAACACAAUUCUAUAUCAUUAUGUAGAAAAGAGAUUCAUAUUGAAGAGACUCCAGUUAAUAGUUCAACACAUUGGAGUGAUAUCUCGGAUAUUAGAACUACCUCAUCAGAGUCGCAAAACACUUGUAAUCCAAGUACAUCUAUGCAAAGAGACAAGUCGGACAAUAUUCGUUCAGAGAAUACUAUGUACAAUAUUACAGAAUUUUUAAAUGAUUUAGACGAAACAAUGGAUGAAUCUAUGGAAGAUAAUUCUAGAGACAUUAUAGCUGAUGAAGCUCGUAAACGAGUGUAUCAAUACUUCGGUAAUAAAGAUAUUAUCGACGAUAGAAAAAAAAAUUUAGAAAAUGAUGAAGAACAAACUACAUUACAAAAUACAGAUGAUAAUAAGAAAGAAGAUCAAAAUUCAAUAUCUAAUACAAAUCAGUCUGAAAAUGUACUUCCAAUUGAGGAGACUCCUGUUGAAUCUUCAAAAUAUGCAUUGCAGUUUAAGUCGUAUUCUAUAAAUAAUUUUAGACAUGAGGUAAAAUUGACUAGUAUUUUAAAAUUACGCAAGGAAGUUGAAGACGAAUGUCACGAAGGAUUAAAAAAUAUUCUCGCCAAUUUGACAUUUGUCGGCUGCAUUGAUCAAACUUCGGCUUUGAUACAAAGUGGAUUAAAUUUGUAUAUAUGCAAUACAAGAAAAUUAGCGGAGGAGCUUUUUUACCAAAUCAUGCUUUAUGAUUUUGCAAAUUUUGGUGUCAUCAAAUUUUCAGAACGGAUAUCACUAUUUGAUUUAGCAAUGAUUGCUUUAGAUUCGGGAGAAACUGGGUGGAUAGAAGAGGAUGGCCCAAAAGAUGAAUUGGCAGCAAGGGUAAAGGAAUUACUUUUAGAAAAAGCAGACAUGAUGAACGAAUAUUUUUCAAUUGUUAUGGAUAAGGUGGGAAAUUUAAGAUCGUUGCCUGUGUUAUUAGAUAAAUAUUUUCCAUACGAAGCAGAAAUUCCAUUGUAUAUAAUGCGAUUAGCAACUGAAGUUGAUUGGAGAAAGGAACAAAUGUGUUUUCAGAAUAUCUGUCGUGAAACAGCAAAAUUUUACAGCUACAUCAAUCCAAAACCUAAGACACACAAUUGGAAAUAUAUAACCGAACAUGUUUUAUAUUCAGCGAUUAAAGAGAAUUUACUUCCACCGAAACAUUUCACUCACGAUUCAACAAUAUUACAAAUAGCCAGUUUACCUGAUUUGUAUAAAGUAUUCGAGAGAUGUUAAAAGUAUACUAUUAUGAAUUAUACAAAGAUAUGUCUACAAUUUGUCAUUAAUGGGCCAUAAUGUAAGAACUGAAUUGAGAUAAAAUGAAAUCUGAUGUAAAUUAUGUUUCAAAUCUAUAUCAUGAUUGUACAUUUAUAACUUAUAUUUUUGCAAUAUCAGUAUUUUGUAUCAAGUUUUGUUAUAGAUGACUGAAUAUAUACAUCAUUAUUUUUGUCAUAUAAAA